AUGUAAAUUAAGGAAAAUUUAUACAAUUGGCUUUGUUCAUUAAAAGUCCUGCCUUAGGAUGGAAAGAAAUACGCAGACAAAGUGGAGAUAAGCAAAGCAUCUCUAAUCCAAUUGGAAAAUGGCAUAGCUUUCGGAUAGUUGCUGAAGGAAAUUGUGAAGUUACGAAACAGACCUUCUACUCCAUUGGCUAAGUUAGACACACUGAAAGAUAAUUAGUAGAAAUCCUCCAUCUUGUAUAACUGGAAGAUUCUUUGCGAAGAAUAUCAGAAGGUCGACAUCCAGAUUGAUUAAGAUACUAAGGCCUUGAUACUUGGGGGCGAUAAGGAAAUGAUGCAUCAAUUGCUGUUGGAGAUUUAUGAUAAAUAUUAUCGAGGCUAAUAGCAAUCAUCAGUGUUGUAGUAAUCUUAAAUGUUAGAUGACUCUGUAUUAAGUUUGGGUGGAAACACUAAGUUUUUAGCAAAUAGUAAAAUCUCUUAAGCUAAUUAAUAAGUUGAUUUAUCAAAAUUAGAUCCAAAAAAAGAUCUCAAUAAAACAUCAAAUUGUUUAGAAUUCUUUAUAGUUGCUUUGGCUAAGAACUUGUAACUGUCAAUCAAAUAGUCAGCCUCUCUCUUCACCAACAACAAUAAAUAUCUAGCACACAUAUUGGCCAAAGGAGUAAAGGGAGUAUUUGAGCCAAUAGUUGCCUUUUAUAAAGAAACCUAUGCAAAUGGAAAUUAAUUAAUUAAGUUAUUUAAUGAGGAUUCCACCAAAAAAUCACUCGUGUUUGCAUUUCAAGCUCUUAAACCUGGAUUAAUAUCUAAAUCAUUUGAUGUUGCCUAUGAAUCAGUUCGUUUAUUUACCAGAUUAGGUUCAAUGAUACCAGUUUAAUUAUUAAGAGAAUGGUUCCUUGAAGAGUAAGGAGGGUUGCACACAGCUUUGAUGGGUACUAGGAGACAUCCAGAAUUAGUGUCAUUUCAUGUUGAGAUGAUAUAAUAAUUUGCAAGAAACAAUUUCGUAGAAGUGUUUACAACAGGCAUUAGAACAGUCUUACCUGAUACAAAGGAUUUCAUCAAUUCAGUUGAAUUAAUUUACAUUCCCUUAAGUCAAAAUUAAGAAUUAGUUUCAACUGGUAUUUUGAAUGAUUGGGUGACAUAAGCUAUAGGGAUUGCAGAAAAUGAAUUUAAAAAUACAAUUGAUACCAGAAUAUCUUCACUUAACUUUUUAAGUGAAGUACUUGGCAAUACAGAGUUAGAUGAAUCAUUGACUAAUACAAUCAUUGCAUUACUAAAAAAAGGAUCGAGAGAUAAAUCAUAAUCUCUUUCCUUAAUGUGUCUUAAUCAUUUAUUUAGGUUACUCAAUCAUUUUAGUCUUUAAAAGAGCAAUUUCGCUCCGCUGAUAUAUAAAAAUUUAACAUUGUCAUUGGUUGAGAAUCAUGAUAAUCAAUAAAUAAGAGAGUACAUUUUGAAUAAUUUCAUUCACAUAUUUUCAACAAUGGAAGCAGUGCCUAUUAAUUUAGUGCUUGAGAAUUUGAUCAAAUAAUUACAGACAUCAGAGGGAGUCACCUAUAUUUUGAAUACUUUUGAUAUGCAUUUCUUUAUGUUCACAUCCAAUCUUAAUAUUGGAAUAAAGAAUGCCAUUUAAUUGUUAGACUUCUUAGCCAAAAUAUUUUUGAACAAUCUCGUUUAUUAGAGUUUAUCCUCUGAAAUCAUCAUCAACAUCUUAUCAAAGAAUGUGGAGAAUUAGACAAUGCAAGAGUUUAUUUUAAAGUUUGUAAAAAUUGCCUUGGCUAUGUUCUUUGCAUCUGAGAAGAAGAGACAGGCUAAGGAUCCAAUUGGUGCAUAAAAGCGUAAUCAAAUAGUUGAGAUUAUUCGAACAAUAAUUCAAUUUUAAUAACAACUUUUGAAUGAGAAAAUAAAACCAUUGAUUGCCCAUACCAAUAUACAAAUAAAGCAAUUCAGUAAAAGAAACUCUAAAGGAAUGAUGGCAAUACUAGAAUUAUUUGGAAAUGCAGAAAGAAUAUUGGAAUAAUAUGAGAUUGAAUAUCGAGAAUAAUAAGCAAGUAAAUUGUAGGGACCUCCUGAAGACGAUGAUUAAUUAGUUCCAUUCAAUUCUCGAUCAAUAGGAUCUAUUAAGUUAUCAAAGGAAGAGUAAUACUCUCUGGCUUCUUUAAAAACAACCAAAGCAGAUCCGAAGGUACUUGAAAAGCUGGAAACACUCAAAAAGUAAUUCGAUGAUAGAACUACAAGUGAGGCAUAAAAGAUAGAGUAAAUGAAAGAGGCUUAGUAGAAAUAAAAGGCCAAUCUUAGAAAACAAUUAGAAAAGAGAUCUAUUGAAUAAGGUGUGUCAAUCACUAAGGACAGAGAAACUAAUUUAGUAUUUAAGGAUGGAUCAAAAAGUGUUGCUUAGCCAAAUAAACAUGGAUUAACAGAAUAUGAAGUGUGGGACUUAUAAUUGGAGGAGGAUAGAGAACGUUAUUUGGUGGAACAACUCUUUAGAAAGUAUCAUAAGAUAUUUAAAUACGUUUUCUUUAAAUAUGCUAAUUCAGGGAAUAAAAUCAUAAAGCCAAAAGAUUUUGAUGAAUUGAAAGAUCAAUCUGAUACUAUUAACGAAGCUGAAUUGUGGGCCUUUCUUAAGGAUUACGAAUUAAUAUUCAAAGUAACUAGAGAGUAAGUGCAUGCUUUGAUGAGAUCAAUUGCAAUCUAACUAUUGAAAUGCAAAAAUGAAUUAACCAAUUUCAAUUAUGAAGGAUUCAAACACAUCAUUACCUAAUAUGCAUGCAUUCUAUUUACUAUGAGAACCAAAUACAUUCAGCCACAUACUUGCAUUGAAAUGAUGAUUCAAAGGAUGAAAUAAGUCACUGCAGCUAAAGGAUAGACUACUUAACUUUAUGAUGAUCCGGAUAAUAUGUUUUUUGAUUAAAAGGAUGUCAUCAAGGAAUUCAAUAAGAAAUUGGCUGAAGAUCCAAAAUACGUGUUACCUGAAGGUUACAAAACAUAGAAGGAAGAAAUUAUUAAGUUUAAUUAUGCAUUUGAAAUCCCAGAUUCGAACACAAUCGCAUAUUCUAUUUUGGAUGAUGUUGUUUUUAAAGUGUGCAAUUGCCAUUUAAUUGAGCCAAUCACAUCCAAAGAAUUCUAACUUGUAUGCAGACCCAAUAUGUUGGGAUAUGUGGAAUCCAAAGUUAAAUAGAACUUAGAGAAAGACCAUUAUAUGGAGUAAAAGAAUAAAUCAAUGAGGAAAUCUGCAUCAGUUUCAUAAUCUUUAUCAAAUGUGCCAAUAUAACCAAAGAGAAAUCUGGAAAUAGAGCCAUUUAGAUAAUAUAGUUUGGGUAUCAAGUUGGAAUUGGCUAAGAUACCAUUCAAUCAACCUAAGUAGAGAUUGUUGGUUGAACAAGUAGCUGAUGUCCUUGAAGACAUGAUAUUUGCAGUAGAAAAUAAUUAAAAAACUAUUACCAGAAAGUGGAAUAUUGUUAAUAAGGUGUAGUAGGAUAAGUUGGAGGAGAAAAAGAAGGAAGAUGAAGAGGCUAAAUUAAGGGAUGAAAAAAUAUAAAAAAAUCAUGAAUAAGCUAAAGCCAAAUUGGAAAAACUGAAGAAAGAAAGAUAAUAAAAGUAAAAGGAAGAGGAGGCCAAGGCUGCUUAGAAGGAUUCGAAGAAGAUACGUUAAGAAGAAAAGCAAAAGGAAUAAGAGGCUUAUUUGAAAUAAUAAAAGGAUAAAAUUGCUUAGAAGUAAAAGGAAGAGGAACAAGACAGAAUCAAAAGAGAAUUAUUGGAGAAGAAAUAAAGAGCAGAAGAGAUAUAGAAAAAGAAGGAGGAAUUCAAAUUGUUUAAUCAAAAGAAGAUUGAAUAAUAUGGAGAAAUCUUUAAGGCUGAGCAAAUUAAAAUUAAAAUGGCAGCUGAAGAAAGAAAGAAAAUGGAAAUUGACCAUUAAAAAAUGCACGAGGCUCUUUAUAAGAAUAUAGAAAAGAAGGGUGAACAAAUUAAAGUCAAAGAAAAGGCAACAAGUGAAUUGAUAGUCAAAUUAUUUAGAAAUCAAAUUUAUUAGACCAUUUUUACUAAUAAUAACUUUAGAUUGAGUUAUCUCUAUGAACUAUUGUAGUUGGAAUAUUACAAAUCUAUUGAAAUGAUUGACUUUAAAUAAAUACCUUUGAAAUUGUGGAUGUGGUUUGGAGAUAGAUUCAGAAUUUAUCCAGACAUCAUAUCACAAAUUGAAUUUAUUAGAGUCUUUAAUGCCAUCACUUACAGAUCUAAUGAAAUACCAGCAUCCUUAGAUUAUGUUGAAUUUCUAGAAGCACUCUUUCGAAUUAGUGUAAAAGGAUAUGAAUUCUUUAAUAAAUUGGCCAAAAGCAUUAAAGAACCAAAACAGUAGAAAUAAGACAAUUAAGAAUUACCUUAAGAUUAAUCUCCUAAAUCUAUCAAAAGAACUUAAUAAACAAAGGAGUUUAUGCUCAAUAGAAUUAAGGAAGUAUAAUCAGAGUAAGAGAGGAGAUUGGAAGCAGCCAAAAAGGAAUUAGAAGAGAAGAAGAAAAUGGAUAAAGAAGCACUAAUUCUAGAUAAUUAUCAAGCAUUAAAUGAUAUCAUUGGAACAGAUAAUGUCUCUGGACAAAAUUACAAUGAGUAGACUUUGGAUGCAUUUAUCACUUAUUUGGCAUUACCAAAUGAUAAAACUGGAAUUGAGUUGAGAUUCAGAUACUUGAUGGAAGUGGAAGCUAAAAAGAAACCGAAUAAAUUGAGGAAAUAAGAGGCAAGCAAAAGAUUAGAAGAGGAUGUGAAUCAAUGGAAAGAGAUCAAAACUGUUGAAUAAAAUAGAUAACCUAUUUUUCCAAAAAAAUCGACCAUUAAGUAAAGUACGAAUAAGCCCGUAGAACAAUAAGAUCCAAUACUACCUUAGAAUAAUGAAGAAAAUCAAGAAUAAGAAUAAGAAUAAUAAUAAGAAUAGCAAGAUAAUUGA